CAGUCCCCGCUUCCCUAAAGCCCCACGGCUGAGCAACGACCUUUUCUUUUCUCUCUCAUAGUCAUACCUUCGGCUUCUCUCAGAGCUCUCAAUCCCAAACAAACGUUGCCUAGCCCUAGUCUUUCUUUUGUUUUCCUCUCUUAUCGAGAUGCCGGCUGCUAGUCCCAAUAUGUCUGAUCGAGAGGUUGAACCAUUUGUCGAGGUUGAUCCCACUGGGCGCUUUGGGCGCUACAAUGAUUUGCUAGGGAGUGGUGCUGUGAAGAAGGUUUACAGGGCAUUUGAUCAGGAGGAAGGUAUAGAGGUGGCCUGGAAUCAAGUGAAACUGACUAACUUUAGUGAAGAUCCUGUGCUGAUCAAUAGGCUUCAAUCCGAGGUGCAGCUGCUGAGAACAUUGAAAAACAAGUAUAUCAUUGUUUGUUACAGUGUUUGGAGGGAUCAAGAGCGAAACACGUUAAAUUUUAUCACUGAGGUCUGCACAUCAGGAAACUUGAGAACUUACAGGAAGAAGCAUCGCCAUGUGUCCAUUAAGGCUUUGAAGAAGUGGUCAAAGCAGGUACUUGAGGGAUUGGAGUAUCUCCAUACACAUGACCCAUGUAUUAUUCACAGAGAUCUCAAUUGCAGCAACAUCUUCAUCAACGGGAACAUUGGCGAGGUGAAAAUUGGCGACCUGGGACUUGCAGCAAUAGUUGGGAGAAGCCAUGCUGCACAUUCCAUAAUAGGGACACCAGAAUAUAUGGCACCAGAGCUGUAUGAGGAAGAUUACACUGAGAUGGUUGACAUUUACUCUUUUGGAAUGUGCUUGCUAGAAAUGGUGACAAUGGAGAUACCUUAUAGUGAAUGUGAUAGUGUUGCCAAAAUAUACAAGAAGGUCACAUCUGGAAUGAAACCCCGAGCCUUGAACUUAGUGCCAGAUCCAGAAGUGAAGGCCUUCAUUGAGAAGUGCAUAGCCCAGCCAAGGGCAAGACCUUCAGCUUCUGAACUUCUCAAGGACCCCUUCUUUUCUGACCUUAUCGAUGAUGAGACCGAUUCAACUUCCAGUUGAUGGCAUUUUGAGUGAAAUUUCUGCCUAAAACUAGCACGUAAUUUUCUUUUCUGAAUAGACAGAAAUCAUAAGCUAGUUUUAAGUGAAUCAUAUGCCUUAUGCUACCGGGGUCUUUCUUUACCUCCUUUCCCUAAUGAGAUUCAUAAAUCCUAAUGUACAUAUUGGUAGCCUCAAAUAAUGAUGAUAGUGCUUUCUCUAAUGCCAUUUAUAUUUGUUGCUUA